GCAUGUCGAGACCGGGAAGCAUCAAGGAUGGGGAAAAGGGACCCUACGACCCAGUUCCCACUUCCGCCGACGGAGGUGGCGAUGAGAUAAAGCUCGAGGCGAAGAUGUCUCUCCUGAACGGAGUCACCGUGAUCGUUGGAUCGAUCAUUGGAUCUGGCAUCUUCGUCAGUCCAGCUGGAGUCCUCAAGUAUACUGGAAGCGUGAACGCAAGUUUACUGGUUUGGACUGCUUCCGGUCUUUUCUCCAUGGUUGGUGCAUACUGCUACGCUGAGCUGGGAUGCAUGAUAAAAAAAUCGGGUGCCGAUUACGCCUACAUUAUGGAGACCUUUGGUCCGUUCUUGGCCUUCGUUAGACUCUGGAUCGAGUGCAUGAUCGUCAGGCCUUGCAGCCAAGCGAUAGUGGCCCUGACCUUCAGCACUUACGUCCUGAAGCCCAUAUUUCCGGACUGUGAUGCACCGGCUGAUUCAGCUCGCCUGCUUGCAGUAUGCUGCAUCUGUGUCCUGGCCUUCAUAAACUGCUGGGACGUGCAAUGGGCAACGAGAGUUCAGGAUAUCUUCACGUACGCGAAACUCUUGGCCUUGUUCAUCAUCAUUGUCACUGGAUUCUGGCAGCUGUGCAACGGAAAGACCGAAUACUUCACUUUCGAAGAUACGAAGAUGGAAGUUACGUCGAUAGCUCAGAGUUUCUACCAGGGACUCUUCGCUUACAACGGAUGGAACUACCUCAACUUCAUCAUCGAGGAGCUCAAGGAUCCGGUGAAAAAUCUACCCAGAGCUAUUGGCAUUUCCUGCGCUUUAGUCACAAUCGUCUACGUUUUCGCCAAUGUUGCUUUCUACACCACUCUUAGUCCCGACGAAGUUCUUGGCAGCGGAGCUGUAGCAGUUACGUAUGCCAAUCGGCUCUUUGGCGUGAUGGCAUGGACCAUACCGGUCUUCGUCGCUUUAUCCACCUUCGGAGCUGUCAAUGGUAUACUCCUAACAUCCUCGAGGUUGUUCUACGCCGGUGCCUGCGAAGGACAGAUGCCGGAGGUUCUGACAAUGAUACAAAUAUCCAGGUUGACUCCCACCCCAGCUGUUUUGUGCAUGGCCCUAUUGUCGAUGGUAUAUCUCUCCUCAUCCAAUAUCUUCAAACUUAUAAGUUACGUGGGAUUCGCAACCUGGAUGAGUAUAGGUGCGUCGGUUCUUUGCGUGCCUUGGCUUAGGUGGGCGCAGCCCAAUCUUCCGAGGCCGAUAAAGGUCAACCUCAUCUUCCCUGUUGUGUACAUAAUCGCCACGCUCUUCAUCACCCUUGUUCCUAUGUAUGCUGAGCCAAUGGAAACAGCGUACGGUUGUUUGAUGAUCUUGUCAUCAGUACCCGUUUACUUUCUGUUUAUCGCCUGGAAAAACAAACCCAAGUCAUUCACGAAGACAGUAGGAGCCUUCACCCAAAGUGUGCAGAAGCUGAUGAUGGUUGUCCGACCAAAGACAAAUUAAGUAAGCACAACGAGGUUCCUGCAGAAGAUAAUGCUGGUUGUUGGAAAAUCGAAACCCGCUCAGGUUUAACUGCCUCAAUUGAAAUGAGAUUAAAAAAAAGUUCAUUUAUAGUAUUUCUAGCAUACCAUGUCAGCAACGAUAACGAGUGAGGUAAAAAAGGAGAAAAAGAGAAGAAAAACAAGAAAAAAAAAAAAAAAAAAAACGGCGCCCAAGUGCAACGAACAGCCACAUUGAAAUUGGGUGCCUGACGAAUCGCACGGUCAACCAUUGCAAUAAUGAUCUGAACAGUGUAAUUAUUUAUCCAUUCCAAGUGAC